AAUCUUCAAUUCUGUUGUUCUUCAGGUCCGUAUCCUGUGCUUUUCUUCGGAAAUCUUCCGCAAGUUGCGUAUUACUCGUGGAAGUAUGGAGGCGUUGUUUCAGCUUUUAAGCACAUUAAAAAUGUAUACAGCUUUUCAUCAAAAAACUCUUUCGUAAGAGUCACGUUUCAACAAAGCCCAUUCAAGAUCUAUGGGCCAGUGUUCACGCUUUGGUUUGGUCCAAUUCCCUCGGUUCUUAUAGCCGAUUAUACAUUGGCUCAAGAAGCUAUGGUUCAUAAUGGAGCAAAAUACCAGGAUCGUUGGAGUCCGGCCAUGAUGGUGGAAGGAAGAGGGGAUCGCGGUGUUAUUGUAUCAAAUGGUCAAAUUUGGCAGGAGCAACGACGAUUUUCACUACAUGUGCUAAGAAAUCUUGGAGUUAGUCGGAACCUUAUGGAAGAACGAAUUAUGGACGAGUUUAAUUUGCGGUUAGUCCUAUUCAUAUAA